AAUGCUCUGUGUGUCUGAAACUCCACUGGCUCCUUCUCUCCUAACUCCUCACUUCAUAGUGCUGCGUACUAAAAACAUCGGACGCUAGGGGAUCGAGACGCAUGCCACAUUGCCUCUAUGAGGGCACUUUAACAGAUCUUUCGGGUUUUUUUCCCAGUAAGGGGGCUGCGGAGGGAGGACUUUUUUUUUUUAAUUUUCGUUGUCUGGUGACUGUUUGCACGGCUGAUUAUUGAGUUGAUUGUUUAUUAUUUUGGCAAUUGUUGCCCGACGCCCUGCGCGUUUUUGCCUCCCUUUUUGGAAUCGGCGACCUAUCCCGCGCUCACCAAUGUCCUAUCCUCAGGGUUACCUCUACCAGCCCCCGGGCUCUCUGGCUCUUUAUUCGUGUCCGGCUUACGGGGCCUCGGCUCUGGCUGCCCCGAGGAAUGAAGACUUGGCGAGGUCGUCAUCUGGCUCAGCCUUCAGCCCUUAUCCUGGAUCGGCUGCUUUCUCCGCCUCGGCCGGUGCAGGCUUCUCCAGUCCGCUGUCAUAUCCCACGGAUCCAACAACGGGAUUCCCAUCCUACAUGAGCUCUCCAUAUGACGCGCACACUACAGGCAUGGCCGGGGCAUUGAGUUACCACCCAUACGGGAGUCCAGGAUACCCCUACCAACUCAACGACCCGGCUUACCGCAAAAACGCCACCAGGGACGCUACGGCCACCCUGAAGGCCUGGCUGCAGGAGCACCGGAAGAACCCGUACCCGACAAAAGGGGAGAAGAUUAUGCUGGCCAUUAUCACCAAAAUGACCCUGACGCAGGUCUCCACAUGGUUCGCCAAUGCCAGGCGGAGGCUCAAGAAGGAGAACAAGAUGACCUGGGCGCCAAGGAAUAAGAGCGAAGACGAGGAUGAGGAAGACGGGGACGGGGAGAGGAAAGAGGUGGAGCGCUCUGACAAAAUCCUGGAUAACAGCGAGGCUUCAGCGGAGGAUGAAGGUAUCAGCUUGCACGUCGACACUCUGACGGACCACUCCUGCUCAGCAGAGUCUGACGGGGAGAAGGUCAGCUGUCGUGUGGGAGAACUGGGCUCCGACCAGGCCGGCGACAAAUGCGACGACGACGACGACGACGACGACGAGGACCAGAAGCACGACUCGCGGGCUCAGCUCUCGCCCAAACCCGUCACAUCGUCUCCUCUGACGGGAGUAGAAGCUCCAGUUCUCGGCCAUCACAACCACCACCACCACCACCUCCAUCACCUCCACCAUCUCCACAGCCAGCGCGAGGAUUUGGCCCGGAGCCUCAUCAGCAGCAACAAUAUCAAUACCAAUAAAUCGUCUUCAUGCCUUGACAGCAGACCCUCUUCGGGGCCGCCUCAGAACCCAACAGUCAAGCCCAAACUAUGGUCGCUGGCGGAGAUUGCUACCUCGGACCAAAAGCAGCAACAUCAGCAACACCAACUGGGGCAGCCUGGGCAACCAAAUUGCCCCUCCUCCAGCGGUGGCCUCCUUACUCCCCCCACGCCUUCCACCGCCUCCCCGGCUGCCAGUUCCCCCUCCCUCUAUCCGGCCCCCUCCAUCCUUGGAAGACCUAUUUAUUACACUUCUCCCUUUUAUAGCAAUUACACAAACUAUGGCAACUUCAGCCCCCUGCAGGGCCAAGGGAUCCUGCGGUAUACUAAUUCAUCUGGAGUGAGUUUGGCUGCUGCCGCCGCCGCCGCCGCCGCUGCUGCUGCUGCAAACGAGGGUCUCAGCUCCUCUCACCAGGCUCUGGAGGCGAGCACCAACCCCAAGAACAGGCCAGACUCCCCCCUCGUUAAAAGUAACCCAAACCAGAUUGUUAUUGUCGAGCAGCAGCAGCAGCAGCAUUUCAGACCCGUAAAUUUAGAAGCAAAGAAAGGUACGUAAUAACACGAUGCGGCGCAGCGUGAACGUAUUUAAUCCGGUGUUGAAUCUUGAGGUUGCAUUUUUUUUUUCUUAAACGCAGGAGGUAAAUCGCACCACGGUGGAAGUAACAGUUCACUUGUUCCCAGUGCAAAUCAACUCGUUUUCUUUGUGUCUCUCUUAAAGUGUCAUUGCAGCCACACCAUAGGAUGAUCUGGCUGCUUUUCUUUGCUUUGUUUCAGGAAAAGUAAGAGUUUUUUUUCCAAGCAAGUUUGCAUGAGAAACAAGUGGUGUUAGUUGACGCCGUUAGCAGAUUUCCGCUUGUUUUAAGACGAAUGACCUACGUUUUUAGGACGGAAUAUGAGACAAAAUGACUUAUUAGGACGGACAUUUUGCAGCCGUCUUCGCAAAAGAACAUCUCUUACGGCCUAUAAUUCGUUUUCAGCGCAGUACGUUUUCUGAAAAAAACUCAUAAUUGUUCUCCACGUGUUUAGCAAUAUAUUCGGUCUUUCUCACAUAGAAUCGUUAAGUGUCAGGCAGUGGGAUUUUCAUCUUCAACAACGUUUUCAUCUUCGCAGUAGAAACAAGUAGGGCUACACACCAAGGAUUAGACAUUAAAAUGAUCCCCAUUAAGAACAGGCCUCAAAUCAGCCUAACCACUCGCCCUCACGCACGCACACACACACUCUCUUACUCACUCACAGAUACGCGCGUGCACACAAACACGUGUAGGCAGUCUAAGCAGAGACGUGUUGCCAUAGCUUUGAGCAGGAGUUCUAUUUUUAUGUUUCCUCUGAUAUGUGUGCGUGCGUGUGUGUGUGUGCGCGCGCGCGUGUGCGCACAGUGGGCCCCAAACCUUAUCUCUCAGUUUAGGAUAAUUGGAAUUACACAGGGUCAGCCAAAAGCAAACAAAUCACUUAGUUUGCUCUGUGCACUCAUCGUGCAACUUCUCAUCUUCAGAUUUCACUGAGGUGGCUGUAGUGAUGUCCUUGCGAACAUUUGCCGCUUGGUAGUCUGUAUAUUUUAUUUUUUUUAUUAUUAUUAAUAAGCACUUGCAGCAGGCUAAAGAGCUGUUUUGGUUGCUCCAACCUGAGAAAACGUCGUGUUUUGUGGGCUCGUGGAGGGAGCUGAUUAUUUGAUCGUGUGGGAGUUUUAUUUCCAUGGUCUGCAGGUAGGUGUCACAAUUGCUUUGAGUAUAAAGCGAAUAAGGCCACCACCUUUUAGCCCCACGUUUUAACCCCCCCAAUAACCUUUACUACAAACCGGAUCUAGUGCCACCAUACAGUCGGAAUGAAAGCUGCUACCGCUUCCUCAGCUCCACACAGGCUGAGACACUUCCUACAGCACACGUUUGUCAGUUUAUUACUGUAUCAUGUCAGUUGUUUUGAUGCAUUGUGGAUAAUAAUUUCAUAUGCUGGUUUGAAAAAAAAAUCUCCCAUUAUAUGUGAUUUACACGUUAUUUCUCAGGUUCCCACAGUUUGCUUAUUUGCCACGGUAUAUUAUUUUAGUAUAUAUUUACGUGUGGAAAACAUAAUUUGGCCUUUCUGUGAAACUGUACUUGUAAAAUGAGGUGUCUUGGGACGCAAAACGGACGGAGCUGAAGUGAACUUGAGGACUUCAAAGUGGAAUAGCCUACAUUUGAUAUUUAUUUUUUUAAAUGAUGGCGAAAUGAUGCCUGUAAUUUAUGCAAGUUGUAUUGCAAAACGGGAAACUGACAUCGUCUGUUUGUUUUGUAAAUAUAUAUAUUAUGGACGGUUUUUAUUUGAGAUGCAUUUGGGCAAAAGCUACACAAUCUUGUUAUCAGGAGAACUUUUACUAAUUUAUAUCUUUGAAUGUAAAUAAAAUAAAACGCGCUGGUAUUGAUGUACUGGCGGAGUAUGAUAUUCAUUAUUCAAAGGAGAAAAUAUUAAACUGUUUUCCCAACUAUUA